AUGUCGCUGGAUCCUCCGCUGAUGACCAAUUUGCCCUCGACUACCCUCCCCGCAUCAGGCACAUCCAACUGCUACGCCACCAUUACCUAUCAGACCGAUCCUGUGGGGCGCCAGAUCGAGGUUCACCGCACUCAGGUUGUCCGGAGGUCCCUGAACCCCAAGUGGCCCAGCGAAAAGUUUGCGCUGCGUCUUGGCUCGAGCGAACACAGCCGGACAAUUAUUCGGGUCGCGGUCUAUGCCGUGCUUAUAGUCCACUCCGAUGCCUUGCUCGAUGAAGGUUUUUGGGAAUGGGAGCAGGACCUCGACGCUCUGGGACUCGACAGCGUCUUUGAUCUGUGGGUGCCCCUGGAGUCUGGCGGCCAGGUGCGGAUCAAGGGCAAGAUUCGAGGCGGCGACCGCUCGCUGCCCAAUUCCUUCGUUGGCUCCGAUGUCGACAUGGAUCGCUCAAACAGUGUGCCUGUCAUCAGCGCCAACGACGCACCCGAAGCCGGUGGGUCCGGAACCAACCGAUCUCGAGCCCUGUCGUCGUCGGUCACCAGCCUCCUGACCCAAGUGCGAACAUGGAUUCCCGCCGGCCAAGUCCCGAACUCCGAAGGAGUGCAUCGCCGGGCCGAGGGUCAGCCGUCGGCAUCGUCCGCGCUCACCUCAUUCCCGUCCCUGGCAGCUACGGCCUCGCUUGACCUCAACUGGCUCAACCAGUGGAUACCGAAUGCCAAGACCAAAGAGGCUUCGACCAGUGCCGGCGAUCUGCUUGUUCCACCGAACGCCAACCCUGCUCCAAGCGGGUCGCCGCCGUACCUAUCCGGCGCGGCAACCCCGAUCUAUGACGGGCCCCAGCCGGUGGCAGCGGCAAGACAUCCCGAUGCCGCAGACACGUCCGAUGGCCCGUCGAGCAUGGAGCGGAACGCCAAAGAUGCGAGCGAUCCAAGAAUCGUCCAGCGGAAGCUUUCGCAGCUCCUCGAAGCAAGGGCGGAUCAGCCCGCCGAUCAUGCAAAGUGAAAGUCACUCUCCGCCGUCAUUGAAUCCGGGCAGACCCGAUGCGUCCCGGGCAACUGGCACACGAGCGGAUUUGGACAGCGCCACCUUU